AUGGUAAUGACAUCCUCCCCCAUGUUCACGUGUGAAUCUAGCGAAUCUGAAGACGUAAGAAUUUUGGGAUAUGACCCAUUAGUUUCGCCGGCAUUAUUACAGUCGCAGAUACCUGCUAGCAAAGACUGUCUAGACACUGCCAAGAGAGGAAGAUGGGAAGCUAUUAAAAUCAUUACAGGCCAAGAUGACAGAGUACUAGUCGUCGUUGGUCCAUGCUCUAUUCAUGAUCUAGACGCUGCUCAGGAUUAUGCCAAGCGUUUAAAAAAGUUAUCUGAUGAGUUGGAAAAAGAUCUUUUCAUUAUCAUGCGUGCUUAUUUGGAAAAGCCAAGAACAACUGUUGGGUGGAAAGGUUUGAUCAAUGAUCCAGAUGUCAACAACACAUUUAACAUUAACAAAGGUAUCCAGGUUGCAAGACAAUUAUUCACCAACUUGACGUCUGCAGGUGUUCCUAUUGGUUCGGAGAUGUUAGAUACUAUUUCUCCUCAAUACCUCUCCGACCUAUUGUCUUUUGGUGCAAUCGGUGCAAGAACUACGGAAUCCCAGUUGCACAGAGAGUUGGCUUCUGGCCUAUCAUUCCCUAUAGGUUUCAAGAACGGAACUGACGGUAGUUUGGAUGUUGCACUAGAUGCUGUUAAGGCUGCUUCGCACUCGCAUCAUUUCAUGGGUGUCACUAAACAUGGUGUUGCUGCUAUUACAACCACAAAAGGUAACGAGCACUGUUUUGUCAUUUUGAGAGGUGGUAAGUCUGGCACCAAUUAUGAUCCAAAAUCGGUAGCUGAAGCGAAGGCUAAGUUGCCUCCAAAUGGUGUCUUGAUGAUUGACUACUCACAUGGAAAUUCUAACAAGGAUUUCAGAAACCAACCAAAGGUCAAUGACGUUGUUGCUGAGCAAAUAGCAAAUGGAGAAGACAAAAUCGUUGGAGUCAUGAUUGAAUCAAACAUUAAUGAAGGCAAACAGGAUAUCCCAACCGAAGGUAAACCCGCCUUGCGGUACGGUGUUUCUAUAACUGACGGAUGUAUCUCCUGGGAAACUACCGAAGAAGUACUUCGUAAGUUGGCUGCUGCUGUCAGAAAGAGAAGAGCUUUCAAGGAGAAAAAGGCUUAA